AUGGCCAAGUCCAAAGCCGCCAAGCGCAAGCGCAAUGCGCAAAUUGAUGUUCCACAAAAGCUCCCCAAGGCUUCCAUUCCCACACCACCUCCGGACGCAGAACCCACACACCUGAACGAAAUUAUCUCAGACGAAGAGCUCAACACCACUAUCGAAGCGCUCACGGCUCUCUCACAAUAUCCUAGCCUCACCAAGUCAAAGGCAUGCAAGGAUAUUCGAGUGGCAGUGUACGAGUUCCGCCAGGCUUGUACCACAGGAGUGAACACAACAGAUGGCGCAAACCUGACCGCUCGCAUCACUGCUGCUCUCGUCGAUGAAAAGUAUACCGAAGCCAAGAUCCUCCUUGCGGAGAUGAGAAUCCGGGGCGAACAACCUAAAAUUGGAGCCUUAUGUCGCUGGGUACGGGAUCUUGACGUCGUGAGUGGACUGUCCACCAAGCCAAAAGAGCUCGACAAUGUGCCUGUGCAACGCACUCCUAAAGAGUUGGAAAUUUUGGGCGUUUUGGAUGCCAUUCUACGUGUGAGCACUUCCAUUGAUAUCAGCUCGAAUGCCGUCUUCUCCACGGCCCCCAUCGCUUUCCAGCCUAUCUGGGAUCUGCGCCCCUCAACGACGCCAUUGCCGAUCUACGAAACAGUCCUGGACAAAUCUAUCUCAGAGCAUGCCCCAAAGUCGCCCUCCGCCUUGCGUGUCAUUGAGGAAACCCCGGGUCCGUUGCGCAAGCCUCCGAAUCACCACCCCGCAAUCCUCUAUACUACGGCGUCGAAUGCGGUUCCCCUAGCUCCCACAAAGCCAGAAAUUACAUACCACCCCCAUCCAGCCGUACCCGGUCUGGGUCUUGCUAUGAAUGUGCUUUCCCCCGACGAGUGCAGGGCGAUUAUCGCCGCUGGUGAAUCCGUGGAGUUCCUGCCCGACGCUCCUUUGCGUGAAGAUGGAGACGUGAGCAUCCUUGCUCACAACUUCUACUGGGUCAUCGACACCACAUUCCACGAUUUACUGUGGGAUCGAAUCUCCCCAUUCGUCCCGCAGUCGAUCGAAGGCCGCCCGGUGCGAGGCAUCAACCGUCGCUUCCGCGUUUACCGAUAUGUUCCCGGUGCUGAAUACAGAUGUCACAUUGACGGAGCCUGGCCACCAUCCGGCAUCCUCCCCGAUGACACUUACGUGUAUGACUCUUCGCCCGAAGACAACAAGCAGAGCUCUAUGUACACCUUCUUGCUGUAUCUCAACGAUGAGUUUGAAGGUGGCGAGACCACUUUCUUCAUGCCGGCUGCUCACGAGGGAACCCUCAACGGCUAUCCCGUGAGACCCGUUAUGGGAUCUGUUGCAAUUUUCCCACACGGAGAGUCCAAUGGAGCACUGCUACAUGAAGGCACGGGGGUUAGGAAAGGUGCGAAGUACAUCAUCCGGACCGACGUAGAGUAUGACGUGAAUCCCCCAAAAGGCGAAGAGAAGAAAGGUAAAGAUUGA